AUGCAUAUCGCCUGGUCUGCGCUGGCUUUCAGCGCAACUACUUUAGCCCAGGUAACGGGGUCCGGGCCCAUCAAGUUCAUCUCCAAGGGUAAUCCAAUCCUCUCAGAUGGCUCGUGGUACUCGGCCGACCCUGCACCUCUGGUGGUCAACAAUACACUCUACAUCCUCACCGGACGGGACAGCGCUGCUCCAGAUGAAAACAACUUUAUCAUGGAGCAGUGGGGAAUGUUCGUCUCCUCGACACCAAAUACUGCCGGCUCCGAAUGGAUGCUUUACCCGAAAGUCGCAGAGCCGCACCAGCUGUUCGCCUGGGCUGCUCCCGGGACCUCAUACGCAGCACAAGUGGUUCAAGGCUGCGACGGUCGAUUCUACAUGUACGCUCCGGUGACACAGGCCAAUAGCAAGAAUGCAGACCCGUUUGCUAUUGGGGUGGCGGUGUCCGACUCUCCUACCGGGCCCUAUGUCGAUGCUCACCCGUCUGGCCCGAUCAUCUCGCAGUCAGUGCCUCCGCCGGGCAAUUCCAUCCAGAACAUCGAUCCCACUGUGCUCGUGGACGACGACGGCAAGGUCUACAUGUACUUUGGCACCUUUGGCGCAUUACGCGCAUAUGAGCUUGACGCGGACAUGGUCACUGUGCGGUCGUCCGUCACUCAGGUUAACGGACUGACAGGGUUUUUCGAGGCCCCGUGGCUGAUGAAGCGCAAGGGCGUCUACUAUCUGCUAUUCGCAGCCAACAACGCAGGCCCGGACUCGCCCUGCACACCAACCUCGUACCACGCCUGUAUCGCCUAUGCGACAGCCUCCUCCCCGCUGGGUCCGUGGAAAUUCCGGGAUGUCAUUCUACCCAUCGUCUCUUCGACAACCUCCCACCCUGGCGCGAUCGAGCUCAAUGGUGAAUGGUUCCUUGUCUACCACACGGCGGACGCCACAGGAGGCGGCCAUUUCCGCCGCAGUAUCGCGCUGGACAAGCUCAACUGGGACGAUAAUCAGUCGCCACCAGCAAUCCGUAAGGUCGUCCAGACGUUUGGACCCAAGCCACCAGCUCCUCCAACAUACAACAUUGCGCCCAAAGCUGUGGCCAGCUCGAAGUAUCCCUCAGGGAUUCAGUACUGGAUAAAGGCCGUCAAUGAUGGAAUCGUUCGGGCCAACCCGCUGCCCCCGGAUUACUGGAGUUCCUAUGAAGCAGAAAAGUCCCGAGAGACCAGCGUGCUUACCUAUGUGUGGAAAGAAUCUGUGGAACUCAACGGGACCCGCCGGGCUAACGUGGGAGUUGCGCCCCCAAAGAAAUGGUUCGUGGAAUAUCUGGAUCAGUCGUCCAACUGGAAGCCUGUUGUCAACACCACUCCCUAUCCCCUGAAGGUGACCGACACUCCGCAGGUGGUGAAAUUCCAAACCAUCCGCACCACCUCGAUCCGUGCCACCCUGAUCGCAUCCGGCUCGGGCGGACAGUUUGCCGGUGUUGGCGUGAAGGAAUGGGAAGCUUUGGCGACAGAGCUGCAGAAAAGCUGA